AUGGACAAGAGCAAGGCCGCCUUGACCCCGCCGAGCCUAGAAUACACAUCGCCGAGGUUCGACGUGGUUGAGAAUCCCUUGAUCGACUCGCCCACCGCCGCGCUACUGGCGUCCCUCCUAUCGUCGGACCAGAUGGAUGGGCCAGACUUCAUGAUGUGCUCGCCGGCGAGGAAUCUACCCUCUCUGCAGAGUGCCUCGACUUACAAUUACAACCAUGCGCAGGCAAUGCAGGGGCAAUCGGUUUCGGCUUGCUCUCCUCCUCGGUUUGCUUCUCAACUGGGGUGUUCUUUUAGCGGUGGUCGCAAAGAAAGGGGACUUAGUCCUCUCCAGAGAGUCCUAAAUUCUGUACGCAACAGCGAUCAGGUGAUCAUGCAGCCUGACUGCAUUUCUCUGGACUUCUUGGCGGACUAUAAUGUUAAAGAUGAAUUCGGAGGGUAUUCAUUGUCCAGGCCAGUGCCGGGAUUUGGAACCACGGAGUGUUUCGAUGUCCAGACAACUGCCGCGGCUUCGUUGGGAAUGCCGAAUGCUCCAAGGUUCCAUGCAGGACCUGCCAAGGAAGUUAUUGGAGAGGACUACAAAAACGAGACUUGCCAGGAGAUCAGUGACUUUCGCGAUGCGAAGUCCUUCGCAUCAGCGACAACUCUAUCGGAGCAACUGCAGCGAGAACACUGCCAAGGAGAGCAACAGCCAAGCAGCUUCGUUGUGCCUGUUCCUACAAGUUGUGAGCAGGAGCAAGACAGGGGCCUCCAACUGGUGCACCUCCUCCUCGUCUGCGCCGAAGCCGUCUCCAAGGAAGACUACUUGCUGGCCAGGAAGUACCUCAACCACCUCUUCUCCGUAGUCACCCCGAUUGGCGACUCCAUGCAACGCGUCGCGUCUUUCUUCGCCGAAGCCCUCAAUGAGAGGCUUGCCGCUGGAUUCCCCCCUACCAAAUCCUCGAAUUUAUCAAAACUUUUCUCUCCUGUCCCGCCAAACUGCUUGGAGAUCCACAAGAUCCACCAGAUCCUCUACCAAGCCUGCCCCUACAUAAAGUUCGCCCACUUCACCGCGAACCAAGCCAUCUUCGAGGCCUUCGCAGACGAGGAACGCGUGCACGUGAUCGAUCUCGACAUCUUACAAGGUUAUCAAUGGCCGUCUUUCAUGCAGGCUCUCGCUGCGAGACCAGGUGGCGCUCCAUUUCUGAGGAUAACAGGAAUCGGGCCAUGCAUCGAGUUGGUGAGCGAAACGGGCCGGUGCUUGGCGCAACUGGCGCACUCCCUACAUCUCCCGUUUGAGUUUCAUCCGGUCAGCGAGCAACUCGAAGCGCUCAAACCUCAUAUGCUGUAUAGGAGGGUCGGCGAAGCGCUUGCAGUUAACUCGGUUAAUCGCCUCCACCGUGUUCCAGGUAUUUGUCUGGGGAGCUUACUGACAAUGAUACGGGACCAAGCACCAAACAUAGUGACAAUAGUCGAGCAAGAAGCCAGCCACAAUGGGCCCUACUUCCUCAGCCGCUUCCUCGAGGCGCUGCACUAUUACUCUGCAAUCUUCGACUCGCUCGAUGCGACGUUCCCGUCGAACUCGGUGCAGAGGGCAAAGGUGGAGCAGCUCGUGUUUGCGCCGGAGAUAAGGAACAUAGUGGCAUGCGAAGGGCCGGAGAGGACGGAGAGGCAUGAGAGGCUGGAGAAGUGGAGGAAGGUGAUGGAAGCAAAAGGGUUCACCGGAGUUCCGCUCAGCGAGAACGCCAUGACUCAGUCGAAGAUGUUGAUCGACCUGUAUUCAUGUGGCGGGUAUAGCCUGAGGGAGGACACGGGUUGCUUGCUCUUGGGUUGGCAAGAUAGAGCCAUUGUCGCCGCAUCGUCAUGGCGGUGCUUAUAA